AUGGCGGGCCGUCUCAAAGAUGCCAUCAAGAAGCGAGCUUCACGUCUGCUCUAUCGAAACAAAGAUGAAGAAAGAGGCACACCUGAGGGUGCAGACUCACAGCUCUCAAGCAACAGAAACAGUCUGAAUUCUUCAAGUAGAAAAUCACAGCCACGUCAUCGGAAAUCAUUGAGUCUCUUGAGCCGAAGCUCAAAGACUGAACCAAAGACUGCUCAUGAUGCCCAUCAAACACAAGCAUCCGAAAGUUAUGAAGUUCAUCCAGCUGUUUUGCCUUUGGAAGCAGAUCUAGAGCCCAAAACUCCCAGAUUAGAACGUCAACGUCCCGGUAUCAAAUCUGAAGACACCGAUGAUCAAAACACUGAUGGCAAUGCCCAAGGCAAAGAUUAUUUCGAUGGUACCUCAGACGAAGCUACUCGGCAAGGUCAACCUCAACAAGAGGAUGCGAAUCGUGUAACACAUCAAAGCACAAGGCCAGCCAACUCGCCUGAUGCGGCUGAACUCGAGAGAAGGCUUUCCCGUCUAGCUGUCUCGCAGCAAGAGUCGGAGCUUCCUGAGAUAGAUGUCACCCCUUUGACACCUUUCGAAUAUACCCAAGAGGUUGAUGCUACACAGUCGAAGCUCUCACGGCUUGCAAUCGGGCAAGAAGGUCCUCAGAAAGCAUCAACGCACAUCGAGCCCUUGUCACAAGAGUCCGAUGUUAAUCUCGAGGCCAAUACUAGCCAAGAGGCCAAUAUUAAACACAAUUUGGAAGCCAUUCAUCCUCGAGACGCCGAGUUCGAUCGUAUCAACAAGGAAGUCCAGGCCGGUACAGACGGUGAAGCCAACUUCCACCUACAAAAUAGCUUGGACUUCGACCGGACAGUCCAUGAAGACCGAGAGGCUGUCGUUCAUGAAACUGUACGCCCUCAUGUUCACACGAUAUACGAACCGAAGCGUACACUGUCAAUCCAUCAUCAUGAGCAUCGAACUCUGAUUCAACCGAUCAAAGACCCCAAUCCUACCAUACUUCCAGAGCAACACUGGCUUCAGGAUGACAAGACGGGAGAGAUAUAUAGAAUCCCUGAUGAAUUGGGAAAGCAGCUGAUGUAG